AUGAUGGAGCAGAAGCAGACGGAGCGGAGUAACGAAAAUGACACUGUGAAUAUGAAAUGUGAUUCAUCUGAUUACCUGAUAGUUGUAAACGAAACUAACUGUAGCGAUGUAGUUGUUGAGGCGGAGGAGGAGAAGCAGAUGUUACUGGCGAGGACGCGGGACGCGGAAGAUGACCAAAUUGUAGCCAGUAAGAAUUCCAAAAACGGUCCGGAACCGUCUGCACCACCGAACCACUUGGCGGCGCUGACAGCAGGCGAUCAGGGACCGGGGGUGAAACAAAGACGGACCACCCGGAUGGCAUCGGAACCGAUGACGUUCGAUGAGCUGCACCGUCUCAGUGUGCGCGAAAAGCAAACCCGUGACACGGCGCCCUUUGCGGUCCGCAUGCGGUUGCGUGGUGGAGGCGAGGAAUCGCUCAACAAUGGCACCAGUGCCUGGGGUACACCGGCGGCCACCAACAAUCCGACCGGCAGUUCCUGGGGAGCCCUUAGCGCCCAGCAGCAGCAGCAGCAACAGCAGCAACAAGCGAACUCGGCCAACUCGGCAUCGUCGACAACCACCGGUGGUGGGGUCCCGUCAGCCGGCGGUGGCCCCCAGCAACAGCAGCCACCGGUAGGGGGUGCUGGUGCUUCCACGGCAUGGGGUAGUGUUGGAGGACAGAACGGUUCCACCGCUAGUGGAACCGGUGCGGCAGGAGGAGCAGCAGCCGCCACCACUCCUGGGGCCGGGCAGCAGCAGCAAGUGUCUUCGAAAGGAACGGCCAGUGGACUGGUGGCCGGUGGUGCAGCCACUGGAGGAGGAGGCAGUGGUAUGGACGGCGGCGUUGGGGGUAUUUGGAACACAGGAAACGCACAAAAUGCACCCAAUUCGGGGCCACCCGGUGUUGGGGGGAACACAAACAACAACAGUGCCAAUGCAGUCUCGGCGGCGGAACAACCGUCCCAACAGCAGCUUCCGGCAGGAGGAGCACAACAGCAGCAGCCACCAGCACAACCGGAAGUCGGUGGUGGAGCAGCGGGAGCAGCGGUCGGCGUCGGCGCCGGUGCCGUGGUGCAGUCGAGUGCAGCAACCAAGAAUCAACUGGAGCAGCUGAAUUCGCUGCGUGAGGCUCUGUUCGCACAGGACGGCUGGGGUUCGGAGAACGUCGACCAGGACACCCAGUGGGAUGUGCCGGCGUCGCCGGAACCGAGCGGUAAAACCGACCCGAACAGUGCCACCAGUGGGCCGACGGCGGGCAUACCGAUGUGGAAGACGAACACCGGCACCGAGCUGUGGGAGGCGAACCUGCGCAACGGUGGCCAGAUGCCGCAGCAGCUACAACCGGUGCCAAAAACCUGGGGUCCCCAGAACAACUACGGUGGAACGUGGGGCGAAGACGACGAAGCCAACGAACCGGGUAGCGUGUGGAACGGCGGCGGCGGAGUGACGGCAAUGGGGCCCCAAGGCCCGGUCGGUGGCAACGGCGGUGGACCAGGUCCAGGAGCCGGUCCAGGAAUGCGCGAUCAACCGCCCGGCGGCGGCGGUGGAGGGUUGAGCGUUGGUGGGCCCCAGCAACCGCAGCCACAGUCCCAGGCCCCCUGGAAUGCGGCCCCCAUCGGUGGUGGUGGACCCGUUGGUCCAGCUGGCGGCAUGUGGGGUGGUGGAGGCCCGGGAGCGAUCGCACCGAAUGCUGCCGGCGGAGGGCUCAAGAAGGACAGCGACUGGGGUUCCUCGGUCGGUGGCGGCCCCGGCUGGGGCGGAGAAGGUCGCGGUGGAGCAAUCGGUGGUGGCGGUGGUGUCGGGAACCCGGUGGCUCCCGGCGGGGGCGGCGGCGCAGGUCUGGAUCCGGCCGGUAUCGAUAUGCGCAACAUGCGCAUCGCCAGCGCGAUGGACGGCAAUCGGGAGAUCCGUGGCGAUCCGCGUGGCAUUUCCGGGCGCCUCAAUGGCAACGUGGGCCUGUGGGAUCAGCACCAGAUGGCGAGCAUGCAGCCAAAGAUGGCACCGACGGCCAGCACACCCGGCGCCGGCGGACCAUCGGUGGCUGGUAGCGGCGGCAACGGUGGCGGCCAGUGGCCUACGGGGCCGAUGGCAGCGGCAGUAAACAACGGAGCGGGUGGAGCCGGAACCGGUAAGCUCGGGUCGUCCGGCUGGGAUGACCCGAGUGCCGGCGGCAGUGCAGGACCACCCGGCGUUGGUGGGGGAAUGCGACGCAACAUGGACGACGGAACGGCACUCUGGGGCCAGAACGCGCUCGGUCGGCAAAACUCGGGCAACAUGUCCGGCUGGAAAGAUGGUGGCCCGGUCUCGGGUGGUGGAGUCGACGGCGGUGGAGCGAUGGGACGCAACUCGAUGCACCGGAACGCGAUGAUGGGCGGCGGAGGCACCAAUAUGGCCGCCGGCGGUCUCGUCGGACGCAUGGGUGGUGCCGGUGGUGGCGGCGGCGGCGGCGGGACGGUGGGUGGACCAGGUGGGCCAAUGAAGCCCGACAAUCUGUGGGGCCAGAAUCCGGGGCGCGGCGGUGGCAGCAACUGGGGAGGAGCGAGUGGUGGCGAUGAUCCGUCGGGCGUUUCAAACUGGGACGACAAGGGGGCUGUCGGUGGUGGCGGCGGCGGCGGCGGCGUAGGCAUGGCAGGCAAUUCACUGUGGAACGAUGCCACCGGUGGCACCGGCGGUGGCCACGGGUGGAACCAGAAGGGCGGCAAAGCCGGCUGGAACGAUGGCUCCGGAGCGCCAGGAAGCGCCGGAGGAGGAGUCGGAGGUGGUGUCGGAGGGAUGGACAUCUCGGAGUGGGGUAUGCCACCGAACAAACCACCGAACAAGAUGAGCGCGUUGGACAUCUUGCGCUGCAGCAAGCAGUACCGAACGCUGUGCGAACACGGCCACAAGAAGGAGGACGUGGAGAGUGUGCUGCGCAUGACCAUGAACAUGGAGGAAGCGCUGGAGAUCUUGAAUCGCAACGCGGCCGCCGGCAACGACUGGCGCCGCCCGGACAAUCAUGGAACGGGCGCGUUCGGCGAUCAGUACGUCGGCGCCGGAGUCGGUGGCGGCGGUGUCAGUGGGCGCUUUGCGGCCGCCGCGGCCGCUGUUGGGCCGAUGGGCUACCAGCAGCAGAAUAAUCAAAACCAGCUGGGCGGUGGUGGAGUGUUCGGUGGGGGCAAUGGCCCUGCCGGCGGCGGAGGAGCGUCCUUCAACAGCAUGAAGUACGGCGGUGGCCACGGCGGUGGAGGGGCCGGAGCCGGAGGCGGAGGACCGGGUGGAAACGGGCCGCCGGGUGCUUUCGGACAGCCGGGGGCCGGUGGUGGUGGUGUCGGUGGCCUGAAUCAAUCAAACGCACAAUCGCAACAUAUAUCGAACCAUCAGCUGCGGGUGCUGGUGCAGCAGAUACAGCUCGCCGUUCAGAACGGUUAUCUCGAUCACCAGAUUCUAAACCAACCGCUCGCCCCACAAACGCUGAUGCUGCUCAACCAGCUACUGAAUCACAUAAAGCAACUACACGUGAUGCAAAACAACUUGGCGCGCACCGGUGGCGGUGGUGUGAAUGCGGUCCAAAUGACCCUCGCAAUCAACAAACUGAAAUCACAGAUCAGUAGCCUGCAGAGCCAGAUCGCGACGCAGCAAUCGAUCUAUCUGAAGCAACACCAGCAGCAGCAACAGCAACAGCAGCAGCAACAGCAACAGCAACCUCAGCAGCACCAGCAACCACCGCAUCCGGGCGGUGUAGCAGCGGCGAUGGCAGCCGCUGCGGCCGCUGGCCACACCAACAAUGAUCCGUUCCGCACAUCGGGCGACAUUUCGGGCCUGGCCGGCAGCUUCACGGACAUGGCGCUCAAAGACAGCGGUCCCCAGUACGGCGUUGGCAGCAGCCAGCAAUCGCGGCUUAACCAGUGGAAGCUGCCGGCAGCUAGUGCCACCGGACCGAGCGUCCUCGAUAAGGACGGUCCGGAUCUGGGCGACUUUGUGCGAGCACCCGGUGCCACUAGCAAGUCGGGUCCAUCCGGAUCGGGCAUAGAUGAUAGUCCUUGGUCGAACGGGCGCGGCAAUUUGGGCGGCGACUCCGGGUGGCCGGAUGCAAGCACACAGGAGAACAAGGAUUGGCCAGGCAGCAACGACGCGUUCAGUGAUCUAGUGCCUGAGUUUGAGCCCGGAAAACCGUGGAAGGGCACCCAAGCGACACGCAUCGAAGAUGAUCCCACCAUCACACCCGGCAGCGUGGCCCGCAACUCACUGUCGAUAGCCGCGGCCAAAGAAUCGAAUCUGUUUGGUGGCGGUUCGGGUAACAGCAGCUCGGCCGCGAACGUCGUGAACAGCAAAUCGUCGCCCACCGAAUCAACCUGGAGCUUCAAUCCGUCGGGCGGUGCGUCCGGGAGCAGCAUGCAGAGUGGCCAUUACGGUGGGUCCGGUGCUACCAAGGUGCCUAAAAAUCCGUGGCAGGACAGCAACACUCCCACCAUGCCGCCGGCCGAACUGUGGGACACGUCACUCGGUGGUAAGAGUCGCGGCGGCAUGAUGGGAUCCCUGGGAGGAAAGCAGGGAAGUGGCAAGGUGGACUCGAAUGGUUGGAACACUUCCGGCGCUCAGGGUGCCAACUCGUGGAACACGGGGUCGUCCUCGGCCAGCAACUUGGCAUCGACCUGGAUUUUGCUUAAAAACCUUACCGCACAAAUUGACGGAGCGACAUUGCGUACGUUGUGCAUGCAACACGGUCCACUGAUAAACUUCCAGCCGUACACGAACCACAGUAUCACGCUGUGCAAGUAUUCUACGCGUGAAGAGGCCCAGAAAGCGCAGCAAGCACUCAAUAACUGCCCACUCGGCAACACGACGAUUUGUGCGGAAAUACCGACCGAAAGCGAUGUGCAGUUCAUCCUGUCCCACCUCGGCGGCACUCUCGGUUCCUGCAACGGCAUGACGAACGGUUUGACCGGCAGUGGCGGUGGUGUCAGUGGUGCGGGCGGCGGUUCCGUUGGUCAAAACUGGCGUCUCGCAGCCGCACAGCAAUCUCAGCCAAGCGUUAGCCGUUCCAACUCGGUCGUCACAGAUGCUUGGAGUGUCAACGCGUGGGGAUCGAGCAAUGCGGUUCCCAGCCUUUGGCCAGCUAUGGAUGGCGGGCCGGGCGAUCGUGGCACCCCGGCGAAUCUUAACUCCCUGCUUCCGGAGAGCCUGCUUGGCACCGAACUGAAUUGAGGGCAGCUGCUGGUUGGAAGCGAACUGAAAGUUGGCCCUUAACCUGCACACCGAAACCACCACCAAACCCUGCAAACAGUUUUAAGUAUAUGCGACGCGAAGCAAUGGGUAGAAGACUAAUAGGAGCCCAGCUCUCUCUCUCUCUCACACACUACCUUUGCUCGAUCGACACAUCCCACAAGUAAUAAACAAAGUUAUUCUCUUAAGAUAGUUAAGGUAGACUAACGGGACGAGAGAAACAAUGGAGACGAAGGUGAAAAAGCGCCAGAACUCACAUCAACAAAACAGGCAUGCUCUUGCUGCUGGGGCGGAACACAUCAACAUUAAACCGCCCCCCGCCGAGUGGUGGUAGUGCUGCGCUAACUAAAUACGUGAAGAGAGGAUAAAACAAAAAGCAAAAAAGAAACCUAAAAAGUGUCUUUUCAAAGUCAGCGGUUUCGCGUCUGGCGUAGUAUUAAGGUGUUGUGAAUGUUUUUAUCAUUUUUUUUAAAUGUAGUCUUAUACAAUUUAAAUAA